CGAAUGCCCCCGGCGAGAAACAACUCCCAAGAAAUAACCCGCAGUGCGCAUCUCUCGCUACGCUGUGCAUCAGGCAAUCGCGUCCAGAGGCCAGCAAAGAGGACAUGGCAUGCCUACGUGCCUUCCACGAUGCGACUUCUCCGUUUUGACGCCGACAGACUGGUGCUUACCGAUUUCGCUGGGGCGACAACCCCGCCUUAUGCCAUCCUUUCGCACCGAUGGACCGACGACGAAGUACUGUUCGAGGAUAUUACCAACAAUACUGCUCGCGAGAAAAAAGCCGGAUGGCGGAAGAUCGAGUUCUGUGCCCAGAGAGCUGCUGACGAUGGCCUGGAUUAUUUCUGGAUCGAUUCCUGCUGCAUCGACAAAUGGAAUCAGGCCGAGCGCUCCAGGUCCGUAAACUCCAUGUUCAAGUGGUACCAGAAUGCGGCAAAGUGCUAUGUGUUUUUGCGACAGGUCAACACAACCACCCAGCCGCUUGGACGACAAGAAACAACCUGGGAACAAGAGUUCCGUGACGAUGAAUGGUUCACUCGGGGUUGGACACUCCAGGAGCUCAUUGCGCCAUCGUCCGUCGAGUUCUUCGACUCGCAAGGCCGGAGGCUGGGGGACAGGGUGGCACAUCGACAACUGAUUCAUGCCAUCACUGGGAUACCCUUGCGAGCCCUAGACGGACAUUUGGGCGGAUUCAGCCAGGCCGAUCGAUUGAAGUGGGCAGAGGGCCGGAUCACAACCGAGCCCGAAGAUGGCGCGUAUUGUCUUCUUGGCAUUCUCGGAGUUGAGAUGCCGCUGACUUAUGGCGAAGGGAGACAGAAGGCGUUCCUGCGCCUGAAAGAGGAGCUUGAUGGACCAAACAGAGCUCCUUGUCUCAUACCUUUCUGGAGGAACGACUGUUUCGUCGGCCACGAGGUUGCCCUACACGAACUUGACCAGAAAUUGCUCGGAGACCAAAACACACGCAUCGUGGCCAUCCUAGGAGAUGGUGGGCUAGGCAAAUCCCAUCUUGCCUUGGAGUUUGCCUACAAGACGAGAGACAAGAUGCCUGGAUGCUCGGUCUUCUGGAUCGAUGCCAGUAGCACAGACAGUCUUCAUGAGUCCUACAGCGAGAUUGCUCGGAAACUUCGAUUGUCAAGCGAUGAGAGCCAGCCGGCAAAAGUCAUGACUGCUGUUGACCAAUACCUCAGUAGCAAGGAAGCCGGAGGAUGGCUACUGAUCUACGACAACGCAGACGAAACAUCACUGAUACCGACUUUAAUGAACAUCAAACAAUCGACACCAUCCACACAGUGUCUGGCAAGCUCACAGAUGCGUUCCGUCCUGGUCACAACUAGAAAUUCACAUGUAGCUAGCCAAGUCUGCGACGAGUUCAUGCAUAUGGCCGAGCUGGGAGUUGCUUCCUCUGCCGCUAUGCUGCAGGCUUAUCUCGCCAACCAUAUUCCGGCGAAGCACCAACAAGCGGCCAUCCUGCAGCUUGCGGAGGUCCUGCGCCGACCACUCGCAAUAGUCAUUGCAGCGGCCUAUCUUCGCGUCCAGGGUAUCACAGUAGACGAAUAUGUGAUACGAAUGAAAACUUGGCACAAUGAAAGAGAAAUCGAAGAAGAUGAUGAAGUCUCGCCAGCAAUAUCGCCACGUACAGCAUCGGAAGAUCAAUCCGUCAACGCUGCGACGCAUAUUUCGUUAAGUCAAAUCAUGAAUGACGACCCUCUCGCAGCAGAAUCUCUGUUCAGAAUGGCAUGUCUGCAUCGGACAGAUAUUCCACUCGUUCUACUCGAUUGCAACGCCGAAGGCAAGAUCGAAGAUCGCAUGGCACUCUUGAGAAACUAUGCACUUAUUACGAGACGGCCGGCAUCAACUGCAGUUGACGUGCACGACUUGGUGCAUCGUGCUGUGCGGAGAUGGAUAAAUCGAAAUGGCCAAGGGCCGUACUACCAGGGCUUGUCUCAGCUACAUAUGCUCGCCGUGUUCCCGAGAGUCGAUGACAACAGCAGAACUCAAUGGCGGCGACUACUGCCUCAUGCCAGGCAUAUGCUUGCGCACUUCGAAGGAGAAGAGACCGAGUCACGAGAUAAGCUUCGCGCCAGGUGUGCUGACGCCCUUGCUCUCGACUGGCGUUUCAACGAUGCCGAAGAAUUGGACGUACAGGUUCUCGAGUUCAGAAGGAGAACUCUUGGGCAGGAUCAUCUUGACACACUGUUGAGUAUGUCGGCACUAGCAAGGACACUUCUACAACAAGGUCGCUGGGGUGAAUCUGAAGGGCUUCUGCUUCAGGCUCUAGAACGUAGUAAGCGAAUCCGUGGACAGGACCAUCCCAACACCCUGCUUCUGAUGUCUGACUUGGCACUGGCCAUUCGAAACCAAGGUCGCUGGGAUGAAGCUGAAGGACUUCAGCUUCAGGUUCUAGAAUCAAGCAAGCGGAUCCAUGGACAAGAUCAUCCCACCACCUUAGCUAUCAUGUCUAACUUGACAUCAACACUUUUCGAACAAGGCCGCUUGGACGAAGCUGAAGAGCUUCAGGUUCAGAUUGUAGAAUCUAGCAAGCAGCUCCUCGGGCAGGACCAUCCCACCACCUUGGCUACUAUGUCUAACUUAGCAUUGACACUUUUUAACAAAGGCCGCUUGGAUGAAGCUGAAGAGCUUGGGCGUCAAGUUUGGGAUUCUAAGAAGCGGAUCCUUGGGCAGAAUCAUCCCGAUACCUUGAUUGCUGUGUCUAUCUUGGCAUUGAUACUUUGCGACAAAGGCCGCUUGGAAGAAGCUGAAGUGCUUGGGCGUCAAGUUCUGGAGUCCAGUCAGCGGAUCCGUGGGCCGGAUAAUCCCAAUACCUUGGGAUGUAUCCAUAACCUAGCAUUGAUAUUUUGGGAACAAGGUCGCUUGGAGGAAGCGGAGCGGCUUCAGGUUCAGGCUAUGGGGUCGAGACAGAGAGCUCUUGGGCAGGAUCAUCCCGAUACGCUGGCGACCAUGUAUAGCCUAGCAGAGACGUUUUGGCUCCAAGGUCGAGCGGAUGAGGCCAUUUCACUGCUCGAAAAGUGUCUUUUGUACAGACAACGCCGUCUUGGAGCAACACAUCCGAAGACGACUUUCACACGCGAGAAGCUGGAGCAGUGGCAGGCAGAGAGUCACGAGCCGAAGGAUCAAAUGGCCUAGCAGGGCACUGCUUUCUCAAUCCACUCACUGGGUCCCUGGAACUAUGUCGUACUUCCAUGGGCACCGCCGCGAUCGUGCUUGACGACUGUGAAGGGCAGGGGCUGGGCUGGCAUUCCGUUGUUGCAACAUUCGCAUUUUGCAUGUAGCAGUCCGCCAGGAGGGAGGGGUGGUUGUAUUUUGUGCGACCAUGGUGAACGCAAGACCCUAACAUAGAAUGGUGCCCCGAAGAUCCAUCCAGCAGUUCAUUGCAAGACCCCUAGUAGUUUGGUCUACAACAAGCUCGGUCUCGAGGAAAACAAUAAUAAUAACACUUGCAAAGUUGGA